UUUCAUGUUCUAUAAUCAUUCGAUCACAAAUCAAACGAGCUAAAAGAUAAAAGAAAUGUAUACGUUGGCAUAUUCAAAUUCGACGGUGGGGGGGAAGUGGAAUGUAGCUUGAUAGUAAAGUAGAUUCCCAGAGGAAAGUUGAGCACAAUUUCAGGCUUGAAAAAAAGAAAGCAGAUUCUCUCUUUCACCUCCUUUUAAUUCAAGUCCCCCCUUCCCCUGUUUUUCCCCUGUUUUCAUCAAGUAAAAAAUGCACUCCUCCAGAAACCACCAAAUGAACAAGCUUCUCCUCCAUCUCAUCGUUCCCCUGAGCUUCUUCUCCCUCAUUUUUCAAUCAACCUCCACAUUCUGCGGCAAAACACAAAUCCCGACUCCAUUAGUUCACUCCAACUCAACUCUCCCUCUGUCUCGAAUCCUCCAUUGCAGCAAGUCUCAGAAGCUCUACUUCAGAACAACUCUGGGCCUCUUCCCAAUCUCGUCCAUCGAUUCACAUACCAAAACACUCACCAUUCAACACCCUUCUUCUCCUUCUUGCCCUUCUACCAAACACUACACCUCUCCUUCCCUUCUCUCCGCCGGUUUCCCAGCUCCGCCGCAACCCAACUCGAUUCUCCUAUUCAAUUGCUCCAAUUCCUCCUCUCGCGACUACAGCUCUCUGAUCCAGCGCUGCAGCGCCCAAUCGAAAUCCAAAGCUGCCUGCUUUUCGCCGGAGAGAGAUGAAGGGUUUGGCCGUUCGUGUUUGAUUGUAAGCAAUUUGGGGAAAGUGGAGGAAAUGGGCUUUCAUCCCGAAAACCUGAGUUGCUCCCACUAUCAACCCAUUCAUCGGAGAUCUUUGCGCGAUCAUGAGGUUGAAUUGGGGACGAGGGUUUCAUUCGACAUUCCGGAUCAUGUCCCGAAUCCCUGCGAGGAGUGCGAGAAGAAGGGAGACUGUGGGGCUGGAUUGAAAUGCUUGUGCCACCCUCAACUUUGCAGGGAUAAGGUUGUUGCUGGAGCUGGAAUAGCUACUACUGCGGAUAGAAAUGUGAUCUUUCUUCUGUUUUCUUUUGUUGUAAUGUGUAAUUUCCUCGUCGGAUCUUAAUGAAUCUAAGGAGAGAGGUUGGAUCACAACGAUGUUUGAUGUUGCUAUGAUUUGAAGACAAAUAAUUUGGCGUCGACUGC